AUGGUUUACUAUCCUCCAAGGAGCAACCCGCCGCUCCCUCCUAUCCCGGACAACAUUCCGAUUAGCGAGUUUAUGCUGGACGAGAGUUAUGGACGAAGUCCUCUAUCGUCUUCCCUGCACCCUUUCACCUGUGGGUUUUCUGGCAAGACAUAUUCAUGGUUUGAGGUCAGAGACCGUGUGGAAUUUCUUGCCCGGGCUCUCGCAAAAGAGUUUGGUUGGAAUCCAAACCAGGGUACCGAAUGGGAUAAAGUUGUCGGUUGCUUCCUUCUUAACACGAUUGACACCCUCCCUUUAUUUUGGGCAAUACACCGACUGUCUGGUGUCGCAACCCCCGCCAAUGCCGCAUACUCUGCUCCCGAAUUAGCCCAUCAGUUGAAAGACUCCGGAGCCAAAGCCCUAUUUACAUGUCUUCCUCUGCUCAACACUUCGUUAGAGGCAGCGGCAAAGGCCGGAAUUCCCAAAAACCGCAUUUAUCUCAUCGAUCUCCCCUCUCAAAUAACUGGAAACGCAAAAGCCCCCGCAGAAUUUAAAACAUUGGAUCAACUCGUCCAACAAGGAAAAAUAUUGCCUCAGCUGGAAAAGUUAAAAUGGAGUCCUGGACAGGGAUCACGCACGACUGCGUUUUUGUGCUAUUCGAGUGGAACCUCAGGCCUUCCUAAAGGAGUCAUGAUCUCUCAUCGCAACGUCAUCGCGAAUACUUUACAAAUCAAUACUUUCGAGAAACCAUCCCGCGAUCAACUAAGGGCAGAAGAUCCUCGCAUUUCCAAAUUUGAUGUGUCGCUGGGUUUGCUUCCACAGAGCCAUAUCUACGCCUUGGUUUAUAUCUGCCACUCCGGCCCUUACCGGGGCGACCAAAUCAUUAUUUUGCCCAAAUUCGAGAUUAACUCGUAUUUAAAUGCCAUCCAGAGAUUUAAAAUCAAUUCGCUAUCGCUAGUUCCUCCGAUUAUCAUCACCAUGCUACGCAGCCAGGACAUACUCAAGAAAUUUGAUCUGUCAAGUGUCAGGUCAAUUUUCACUGGGGCUGCACCCUUGGGUGCCGAAACAGCUCAGGAACUGCAAAACCUCUUUCCCACUUGGGCUAUUAGACAAGGCUAUGGGUUGACCGAGACCGCUACUGUCGUAUGCGCAACCACGCCGCUGGAUAUUUGGUUCGGGUCAAGCGGCAAUAUUCUUCCUGGUGUUGAAGCCAGGAUCCUUACUCCAGAGGGAAAAGAAAUCCAUGAAUACGACACCCCCGGCGAGCUGCUCUUGCGGUCUCCAAGUGUGGUCCUAGGUUAUUUGAAUAACGAAAAAGCAACCAAGGAAACCUUCAAAGACGGUUGGAUGUACACGGGAGACGAGGCUAUGUUGCGAGUUGGGCCUAAGAACACCGAGCACGUAUGGAUUGUGGAUCGAAUCAAGGAACUCAUCAAGGUCAAGGGUCUACAAGUUGCGCCAGCUGAGCUCGAGGCGCAUUUGCUCGAACAUCCCAUGGUGGCCGACUGUGCGGUGAUCGGGAUUCCCGACGAUGCUGCUGGGGAGAUCCCCAAGGCAUUUGUGGUGAAAGCUCCGGCGGCGUCUGGCGACGAUUCCGCGGUUACGCAGGCGAUUAAGAAGCAUGUCGAAGAUCACAAGGCCCGACACAAGUGGUUGAAGGGCGGUGUUGAGUUUCUCGAUAUCAUCCCCAAGAGUCCCAGUGGCAAGAUUCUGCGGCGACUUUUGCGAGACAAGGAAAAGGAGGCGAGGAGGAAGGCUGGUGGCAAGCUUUAG